AUGAGGUCUCAUGGUCCUAACGCCCCACAGAAGCCCUCAAGUGCUUUUAUGUAUUUUUUAAGGUACCAAUGUAGUCAAUCAAACGAUCUUGAUUCUCUUCCAUUCAACGAGAAACGGAGUUAUGCAAGUAAAACAUGGCAGUCAAUGUCGCAGGAACAAAAGCAGGUUUACUAUGAUAAAGUCCGAACGGAACAAAAAGCGUAUGAUAUAAAGUUAGCGGAGUAUAAAAAAACGGAUGAAUACAGGCAGUGGCUAAUUAAGCACGAAAACAGCAAGGCAGCUCGUAGCAAAAAUGGAAAGUCUGCCAAAGAUAUGAACGGCGAUACUGAUAGCAUCGACGAUGAAUUUGCAUCCAAGUUUCGUCGAAUCGAAAUAUUCACUCCAGAGUUUUUGGAUUAUAAUAAGCAAAGAGAGAUGCAACUUCGCAAUCUUCGUAAAGAAGUUACCAAACAGGAAGAAGAAACCGCCUCGUUUAGCACUCAUAUUGAUGGUCUAUCCAGUGCAAAUUCAGCCAUGACCCAACAAAUCAAAUCGUCAGAGGAAAGCUUGGCACAGGAAGAAAAGCUAUUAACAAAAUUUUAUCAAGAGUUGGCUUCAGCUUUCUCAUCCCUACAGUUACCCAAUCUUGAAGCUUCACCUCGUUCACACGGUAAAUCGUUUGAUCGAACCACUCCCGACAACAUCGAAGCUUUUCUUUCAAAGCUAAUGGAAUUGAUUCAAUCUGGGCACAAUGAGGCCUUGAAGUCUAAGGCAAAGGAGUGUCUGGCUGCCGCUAUACAAUCUAACUCGCUGUCAUUGUGCUCAAUUUAA